CUGCCAAGUAUGCAGGCUAUUUAUAACUUUUGCCAAUCGAACCAGGAGAUCCACCAAUUCUUUUGUAGCAAAAAGGCAUGAGAUUUUAAAUCCAUGGAUUCUUUUGUAGAAAAAAGUCAGGAGAGUUAAACGGUUUUCCAAUCCCGAGUUUGAACGAUAUGCAUGAGGAGUAGACAGUUUGUCGAGUUGGAAAUUAUCGAGAGAAUCAGUUGCAAUUGCCUGUUUAGUGCUACUUUGAAUGCCUUAUCUUUUCAUAUAUUGCAAUACUGAGAGAUUAUCGGUCAUCCAAUUUAACUGGACUCCACGUGUUCCUCCGCCAUUUACUGUCCGUUUCUUGCCUCGUUUUUGAAAGAUCUCUAUUUAAUACAGGAACAGAAAUCCUUCAUUCUAUAACUUGAGCAGCUUAGGGAGGGAAUUUGUUGUGUUUGUAGGGUUUUUAUUUUUCUUUGCCUUGUGUUUUUUAAGUCUUCUGGUUUGUUUUUUUGACAUUUGCUCUUUGGAAGAAUUGUGUCAUUUGCUCUUUGGAAGAAUGGCGGUCGAAGACACAGUUCGCACAGUUCUCGGCAUCAUAGGAAAUGUGAUUUCGUUUCUUAUGUUUCUGGCUCCAGCCACGGCAUUUUACAAGAUCUGCAAAUGGAGAAACACUCGAGGGUAUUCAGGGUUUCCAUAUGUUAUGACGAUUCUGAAUUGUGCACUUUGGGUGUUGUACGGCUUGCCUAUUGUAAAACCGGAUAGCAUACUUGUGUCUACCAUAAAUGGCAUUGGUCUCGGCAUAGAGAUAAUAUACACCCUCAUCUUUUUAAUUUUCUGCAAAGAUAGCAAGACAAGGUUGAAGAUGCUGGGGCUAAUCUUUCUGAUAUCUUCAUUCUUUGCGGCUGUUACACUUUCAACACUUUUGAAAUUUCAUGAUCACAAAAAGCGAUACACAACCAUAGGGACCAUUUGCAUUAUAUUUAAUGUGUUUAUGUAUGCGUCUCCAUUGUCUAUCAUGAGAAAGGUUAUUCGAGAGAAGAGUGUGAAAUACAUGCCUCUUUACCUGUCUGUUGCCAUGUUUGGCAAUGGAUUAAUUUGGACUGCUUAUGGAGCCAUACACUUUGACAUAAAUCUUGUGCUUCCAAACGGAUUGGGAGCUGGUUUGGGAGCGUGUCAGUUGCUUCUGUACGCCGUUUAUUACAGAACCACAAAAUGGGGUGAUGAUGAUCAGAAACCCGCCGUUGAGAUGGACGACAAGCCUGGGGUUGGAUUAAAUGACAAUGGAUACCCUCGUCCUCUUGGGGCAGGCCAUGAUGGGGUCUAGUUUUUGCGAAAUUGUAAUUAUUUUUCUAGUUUCUUGUGAAAUUGUUAUAUUUUUUGUUAAUCAAACUUGAACAAUUCACGAGACUGUUCGCUUUUCUGUUGUAAUGAGGAUUUUUAUCCAGAUGUUUAUCAAUUUCAGAGGGAAAUAUGAUGUUUUCUCUUGAUUCUAUCUUUUUA